UGUGUGUUUGAAGUAGGACAGAAGGUACACUAAUCGCUAUGCGUUUUAAAGUCCCAGUGGAAGUUUCUCUUAGAGUGUGUAUUAACCUCUAUUUCACUCUCUGUUUCUCACCCUCCCUUUCCUCCUCUUGGGAAUCUCUUCCUUUUAUUUCCUCAACAUCACAAACUGAACUGCCGUCACAUCCUAUUGAAUUCCUUCCUUUACGUUCCACGUAACCUCUUACGCUUGAUCUGUGUUUUACCAGACAUUUUUCUUCUUGUUUAUUCUCCCCCUUUUAUAAAUCCUCUUGUUGGUCUUUAACCCCUCGCGUGCAUAAACCGUGCAUCCUUCUCCCAGUCUUCUUCUCUGUGUCUUGCUCUGUCCUACUCAACUGGUAGCAUGUCUACCCCAGUCUCUCCAUCUCCAUCUCUGUCUCCCCUGGCCCUGUCCUCCCCAUCUCCCUCCUCCUCCCCGCUCCCCUCUCCUCUUUCUCCUCCCCCCAGGCUGCCAGUCUUCCAGAGGAAGGGAGCUCUCAAGCACAAGAGGGUCAUUGAAGUGAAGGACCACCAGUUCACAGCCCGAUUCUUCAAGCAGCCUACUUUCUGCAGCCACUGCACUGACUUCAUCUGGGGAAUUGGAAAGCAAGGAUUCCAGUGUCAAGUGUGCAGUUUUGUGGUGCACAGACGCUGCCAUGAGUUUGUCACUUUUACUUGUCCCGGAGCCAUCACUGCUCCCAAAGCAGAGGAUCUCAAGAGCAAACACAAGUUUAAAGUACAUACAUACUCCAGUCCCACCUUCUGUGAUCACUGUGGGUCUCUGCUCUACGGCCUCAUACAUCAGGGCAUGAAAUGUGCCAUCUGGCUACAUUCCCAAGUCUUCCUUAGUGAGCGCCUUAAUUGUGUCACUUUCAUAACACAUCCACAGGAGGGCAGUGUACCAGAUGCUGCUCUCACGCCCUCUGUUCCUCUUGCUCCUGUUACUGUGACGACGCCUGUUCCUACUGUGACCCCUCCUGCUCUGAGUCCAACUCCCACUGCACUGCACACGGGCAAAGGCCGAGUCAGGCUGCAUGAUUUCAACUUCCUCAUGGUUCUGGGCAAAGGGAGUUUUGGCAAGGUCCUGUUGGCAGAGGAGAGGGGCAGCGAGCGCUUGUUUGCGGUGAAGGUGUUGAAGAAAGAUGUGCUGUUUCAGGAUGAGGACACAGAGAGCGCCAUGGUGGAGAGAAGAGUGCUGGGCCUCGUGGGGCGACCUCACUUCCUGACCUCCCUCUACUGCGCCUUUCAAACCGAGGAUCGUCUGUAUUACGUCAUGGAGUACGUGAACGGUGGUGAUCUUAUGUUUCACAUCCAAAUCGUUGGCAAGUUUAAAGAACCGCAUGCAGCGUUCUAUGCUGCUGAGAUAGCAGUGGGUCUGUUCUUCCUGCACAACAAAGGCAUCAUAUACAGAGAUCUAAAGCUGGACAAUGUCCUGCUGGACAGUGAAGGACACAUAAAGAUAGCAGACUUUGGGAUGUGUAGAGAAGGCAUUAUGGAAGGGGACACCACUCUGACCUUCUGUGGCACACCUGAUUACAUUGCACCUGAGAUUGUGGUGUAUCAGCCAUAUGGUAAAGCAGUGGACUGGUGGUCAUAUGGAGUCCUCCUCUAUGAGAUGCUGGCUGGGCAGCCUCCUUUUGAUGGCAUAGAUGAGGAGGAGCUGUUUCAGUCCAUCAUGGAACAGAGCGUUUCAUAUCCUAAGAGUCUCUCUCGGGAGGCUGUGGCCAUCUGCAAAGGGCUCCUCACCAAGAACCCUGCUAAGCGUUUGGGUGGAGGAGAGGAUGCAGAGAGAGAGCUGCGGGAGCAUCCUUUUUUCCGCUGGAUAGACUGGGACCGGCUGGAGGGACUGGAGAUACAGCCUCCCUUCAAACCCAGAAGUGGAGGCAGAAAAGGAGAGAACUUUGAUAAUUUUUUCACAUCCGCCCCCUCUGCCCUCACGCCUUCUGACCCGGAUGUUCUUGCCGCCAUAAGUCAAGAGGAAUUCCAAGGCUUCACCUACAAUAACCCCGAAUUUCCCCCCUCACCCCUCAUAGCUGUCUGAGAAAACCUUGAUCAAUCCACACCAACCAUCUUUUGACUUUUUCUGCUUCUGUUCAUGAUUUAAACUACAGUGACCAAAAAAAAA